GGAGGAGGAAGGUUUAGUGAGGAAGAGAAGAAGGAGGAGGAGCCUAAUCAUGAGUCGGCUGGCAUUUCUCGUCAUUCUUGUGUUGACUCGACAGGCUUGGAGGCGCAUCAGAGCCCCUAAAAAAAAAAAACACCUUUUCUUCAAUGAAAGAACACACAAUCGGGGCAUGGAGUGCAUCAAAAACUGCUGCAAGAGGUUCAGUAAAAAGCAAGGGAAGGAACCAGAGCCAGACGAGACUGAAGACAUUGCAAUGCAGCUACCCGUGACCUCCAAACGAUGGGGGGUUCAAGAAGACUACCUCCUGUCCAAGAUGCCCCCUGGUGGCAGAGAAGUCCCGUUCGUCCUGCCCACCUUGAAGGCAUCGUACGUGCAGCCCGGAGCUUCCACUUACCUCGACUAUGGAAUGCCAGGUCCGGCCCGUUGCACGUACGCUCAGAGGAAAGCUGAGCUGGUGACCCCUGUUGCGUAUAAAGCAGACACUGGUGAGCGGCUAAGUCGGUCCAUGUCUGAGCUCAACAAUUUUCACAGUCCUCAAAUGAAGAGUUAUGAUUCCAUGUCCAGCGUCCCCUGCACUCCGACCUCCACCACGGACUCGAUUAAACGCAGCACAGAGUCUUUCUCACUGUUUGGUGAUGACCUGGGGAGCUUGUGUAUACGACUGAGCUACCAGGAGGAGAUGGAGCAGGUGUGGAUCACACUGGUCCAGUGUUCCCAACUCAACCUGACAGCCAAUGUCGCAAAAAAGCCAAAGAUCCAAAUCAAAGGUGUCAUCACGCUUCCAAAACCGGUCAAAUUCCAGACCUCCAUCAAGCAAUACUCUCAGGACACAUCCUUCAUGGAGACGUUUGUGUUUGCGCUGAGCCUUCAGAGCCUCCGCUGCAGCGCCCUACAGCUGAAGCUGCAAAAGCAGGGAGGAAAAAAGCGCACGGUGGCCGAAUGCGUCCUGUCGCUCCGAUCGCUCGGCCCGCAGGAGACCGAGCACUGGCUGCCUCUCAAAGUCCCGUGCAAGUCGCCCGGACGAGGAUGCGAGCUGCAUCUGGCAACCUGCUUCCAGCCCGUAUGCGGACGAAUGGUAGUCCGGGUCCUCGCCGCCCAAAACCUGCCUGCCAGCUCCUCUCCCCUCUUACCGGCGUACACAGUGACUGUGGAGAUGUAUGGGGCCGCGGGGCCUCUGACAAAGAAGAAGACACGAGCGCUCAAGCCCACCAGGGGGCAGUGUCAGUGGGACGACACCUUUUACUUGGACCUGGAUGCUCUCGACGCCGCCGCAUGCACGCUGUCAGUCAAACUCUUCAGCUGCUGCUCGAUCAAAAGAAAGAAUUGUAUCGGACAGGUCCAUCUGGGACUGGACGGCCCGACUCGGGAAGCGGCGGAGCAUUGGAAGGACACUGUGGAGCAUCCUGAGAAAGUGGUGGAGGCGUGGCAUACAGUGACCUGAAAUAACCUCUUUGCACAUGCGGAAUGUGACAUAGGGACAGCGCCACAGCACACAUUUUAUCAACUUGACUGACAGCUGGAACACUCAAAACCUGCUUACACUCCUCACAUUGACGGAAUGUUCACUGACGGAGACUGAGUUGUGGUACGCUUACUAAUUCACGUUAUUGAUCGUUUGAAUACCUUAACACAUAGUAUGAGGUUCACUUUUAUAACUAAUCAGAUGAAGAUAUUGAUUAGUUUCACACUUUAAUAUGUUAGAGUUACUUGUUGCUGUAAGUCAUUUACUCAAGUCUAGCACACUAAUUUUGAAACAUUUCAUUGUCGCUUGAAUAUGAUGUGUAAAUUGUGUUGUUAUCAUUUACGUUCAUGUUUGAGGAGAACUUUAGCUGACGUAAGCACUUGUAUUAUUUAUAGUGUAUUUGUUUAGUGCAAUUAAUCGUAGUCGUCAUAUGUUUACUUAUCAAUGUGUUUGAACCGUACGAGAGGAUACCGGCACGCCUUUGUCGGGAUAUUGACGGGAAGCGUUAGUCACGCGUUGAAGGCCAUAAAGGGAACAGGACGCUUUGUUGUAAAAUAGCUCACCAAUGGCAAAUUGAGAAAUCUCCAGGUGAAAGAAAAAUAAUGAUCCAUGUUGUUAGUCCCUGCUGGCUGACUUUUUUUUUGUUAGAUUCUGUAAACUCACCAAUUCCAGCAACAUUUGAGGUUGUGGAAAAUGGCUACCAAUCAUUGCAUAAGAGCGCUGUUUUGCACCAGUUACAACAGGACCACCAGAGAGACUCACUCACGCUCUUCUGGUCCACUCUUGCUUGAACUCAUUCACUUUUUUUUUUAAUCAUGAUUUGGAUUCUGAACCAGAACUUGUAUAUCUUGACUAGGAUUAGUUUGUUUAGUAAAGGGAAACAAGUGAAAAACAA